AUGGUCAAAGUCGGCGACUCCCUGCCUUCCGGCACCAAAUUCACCUACGUGCCUUACGACCCCCAAACCGAAUCUCUCACAGCGUGUGGCCUCCCGAUAUCCUACGACGCCUCCGCCGAAUGGGCCAACAAGAAGGUCGUCCUCUUCGCCGUCCCCGGUGCCUUUACCCCGGGCUGCUCCGCCCGCCACCUCCCCGGCUACAUUGAGAAGCGCAAGGACCUCGUCGCCAAGGGUGUCGACAUCGUCGCCUGCAUCGCAUACAACGAUGCCUUCGUGAUGAGCGCCUGGAGCAAGGCCAACAACGUCAAGAACAGCCCCGAGGAGAUCCUCUUCCUUAGCGACGGCGAGCUCGCGUUCAGCAAGCAGAUCGGAUGGACGAUGGGUGAGCGGUGUGCACGGUACGCGCUCGUGAUUGACAACGGAAAGAUUGUGUACGCGGAGAAGGAGGAGGUCCCGAAGGAAGUCAGUGUUAGCGGUGUUGAUGCAGUGCUCGCGAAGUUGUAG